GGCGGUGCCCGGCCGCGGUCACGUAGCUCAGGUUCCUGGUCUGCUGCGGCGCGCGUUUCAGUCGGUUCCUGUGCACAGUGCCCGGCGUCCCUCCGCCAUCAUGCCGAUGUUCGUGGUCAACACCAACGUGCCCCGCGCCUCCGUGCCGGACGGGCUCCUCUCCGAGCUCACCCAGCAGCUGGUGCAGGCCACGGGCAAGCCAGCCCAGUACAUCGCGGUGCACGUGGUCCCGGACCAGCUCAUGACUUUCGGCGGCUCGAGCGAGCCGUGCGCCCUGUGCAGCCUGCACAGCAUCGGGAAGAUUGGCGGUGCACAGAACCGCUCCUACAGCAAGCUGCUGUGCGGCCUGCUGGCCGAGCGCCUGCGCGUCAGCCCGGACAGGAUCUACAUCAACUACUACGACAUGAACGCGGCCAACGUGGGCUGGAACGGCUCCACCUUCGCCUGAGGGCCGUGCGGGCCCGACCCGCCUGCACCAGGCCCCGCCGCCCGCCGUAUUCUGCCCGCCCGACCUCCAGCGACCCCCACCUCCCGGUCGGGAGAAAUAAACGGUGUGGACAUCGUG